AUGAAUAGUUAUAUUAAUACCGGAACAUUUUCCGAUAAGAACGAAGUUGGCCUUCUCGACAUUUUUAUUGCUGCUGAUGAAAUGGAAUUAUUGGAAAUUAAACAACAAGUUGAAAAUUGCUUACUAGGAUUUAAAACAGCUUGGAGAUUUCCAAAAGACUUUAUUACAAUAUUUCGUCCAUCCACUUUAUUAAUCGGCCAAAGACCAAAUAGCAUACUUUGUGCUCCGGAUUAG